UGGGAGCAACUAAUGUGUUGGCAGCUAGCGGAAAAGGCUGGACAGUGCAGCGACAGCGAGUGUUACUGACUUACACUUGUUGUUUUCACCCAUGUUUUUCAUCCACAUAGAUACAACAACCACUACAAUGAAAGGGGACAGAAACACGAGUUGGGCUUAACCAUUCCAACCUGUGGGAGAGCAGAGUUUAUGCUUUCUGCUCCCCCAUUCUUCCCUCACCUCUGACCCUUCACCCCCGUGGACCCCCGGUCAGCCUCUGGACAGCAUAACCAUGACAACAGGGGAGUGCUGUCACCUGCCCGGUUCGCUGUGUGAUUGUGCCGGCAACACGGCCCUGUCCAAAAGUGUGGAGGAGGCGGGCAGUGAUGGGUGCCAGGCCCAGUAUGUCACCCAGGUCACAGCCAAAGAUGGGCGGCUGCUGUCCACUGUCCUCAAACCCCUGGGCACACAGAGUGAUGGCCCGAUCUGCCGUAUUUGCCAUGAAGGAGGCUAUGGCGAGGGCCUGCUGUCGCCGUGCGACUGCACCGGCACCUUGGGCACGGUGCACAAGAGCUGCUUGGAGAAGUGGCUGUCGUCCUCCAACACCAGCUACUGUGAACUCUGUCACACUGAGUUCACUAUCGAGCGCCGGCCCAGGCCUCUCACAGAGGUAACAAAGUGGUUGCGGGAUCCUGGCCCUCGCAAUGAGAAGAGGACACUGUUCUGUGACAUGGUGUGUUUCCUGUUCAUCACACCCCUAGCAGCCAUUUCAGGCUGGCUGUGCUUAAGGGGGGCUCAGGACCAUCUUCAGCUGAACAGCCGACUGAAGGCUGUGGGCCUCAUAGCCCUCACCAUCGCCCUCUUCACUAUCUAUGUCCUUUGGACCCUGGUGUCUUUCCGCUACCACUGUCAGCUGUACUCUGAAUGGAGAAGAACAAAUCAGAAAGUACGUCUGCUCAUUCCUGACGCCAAGGGGGCUCACUCUACCCAGCAUUCCUUGCUAUCCACCAAACUGAUGAAGAAGUCAGCAGAUGAGAGCAUAGUAUGAGCUCAGGAGGGGACGGUGAAGGUAUCGCUAAAGUGUGGGGGCUGAUUCUUGAUUCAUCACGCCUGCCAGCUAGACUUCAAAGAAACGCUUGUGUUUCUUUCUUUCUUUCUUUUUUGUUCUUAUCCCAUCAGCACUUAUUUUUUCUACAUCCUGUCUUUUAUUAUGUCUCCAGCAGUGGCAGCCUGUGGUUGCAGAAAUGAGCAAAUACAAAUGGAGUUUGUCUAGCCUCUUACCAGGGCAUUUGCCAAGUUUAUGCAAAAGCGGAGAUGGGUGGAACAGCACACGGCAAUGUCCAGAGGCAUGGGAACAGUCUCAUCAUUAUGGCAGUGAUGAUGAUGAUGGUGAUGAUGAUAGUUAAAAAGAUGACCAAACUGAAGUGUGUAGUGGACUGUGAAAUCUUCUCAUGAUCGUUCUGCUUUGCUUUAAAUACCACUUGUGUUGCUGGUGGUCCACAGUGGACUGCCAGGUGUAGCAGGUUCAUUCAUUUGCUGCAGCAGCCCAGAUGUAUAAAAUGCAAAAUUCAAGUCAGUUCUUGGGUCGUCCCACAUUAACGUGUGAGGGAAAAAUGAGAAGCUCAGAGCUGUCGUCUCAGUUUCUCCAGCCAGCUGACAGUAUGCGGUCUGAGAUAAAGACCUUUCAUUUUUAACAGAAGUCUAUUGGACUUCUAUUGUUUUUCUGCCUCUGUUUUUCCAUCUCUCAUCCAAGAAGGGAUGAUGAUGUGACAUUUGUAAAGCCAGAGAUUGUGCAAUAAAACACUGUGGACACUGUGGUCCUCACAGUAUGUGAUGAGACCUCAACCAACACGCACAGUUUUUGAAUGCAUGCACUGUUAAAAUUUCUUAGGAACGGACAUUUCUUUUUUUCUUUUCUUACUUUUUUUAUUGAGUGUAUUGUAAAAGCCUUUUUUUCUAACCAAUGAAGAACGGACAGACAUAGUAUUCCCACUGAAGUAAAGCAUAACAGUGUCCUCAUAGAGGUUCCUAUGUUAUCAGCACUUAAGCAGAUCUGUGAAUACAUAACAUACUGUAGAUCAAAAGUAAGAACCGUCAGAAAUGGCCUUUCCACAAGCCCGAAGAUGUUCAGUUUAGUGACCGAUGCAGUGCACUAAAACCAUAUUUCUAAAGGCAAAAUGAAGUACAUAAUCAUAGCAGGAUGUUUUUUUCCAUCAUGACAUGAGACCUGUGUGUGUGUGUGUGUGUGUGUGUGUGUGUGUGUGUGUGUGUGUGUGUGUGUGUGUGUGUGUGUGUGUGUGUGUGUGUGUGUGUGUGUGUGGUUUGGUUUUAGCAGUCCCAUUAAGAAUUUGGGCAUACAGAGAAUUCAUAUAAUUCUGAGUUCAUAUUUUGUAGUAGCAGUUGCACCUGUUUUGAUACAUACUUUACCUUUAUUUUAAAGGCCCCAUGGCAUGAAAAACGCAAUUUCCUUCAUUUUUGCGUGAUAGGGAAGGUCUUGGGGCCACAUAAAUACUGUCCCAUGCAUUAAACCUGUGAUAAAUGGAGAAGUGCACACGGCCCGCUUUUUGAAACUCGCCCUGUAAAACAAGCGGAUUGCAUUUCGUUACUUCAUGAUGUCAUGAAGACCGUGACUCCGCCCACAGCCCGCCUCCGCUCCCCAGGCAACAAGCUCACACACAAAUGUUCGUUACAAUUAAAAACGCCAGACUUUGAACCAUCGGUGUUUGCGAAAUUUUUAAGUAGGCAGUGUUGAAGACAGAGUAGCUUUGUGUCUUAUUGAGUGGAUAGUGACUAAGACUGUCGUUAUGUCAAUGGAGUUUUCACAUUCAUUUUUGCAAAAACACGUUACCUUUUUACCAGACAUUGUUAUUUUGAUUAGCGUUACUCCGUACUGUGACAUUUGCUUGUUAACGUUACAACAUGUUUGACAAACAUAACUUACCAUUCUGAAACAUCCUGUAAUAAAUGGAUUUGAGGUGGUUCGGUGUUUCCUGCCGUCUGUGGCUCGAGAUGAGAGUCGGGCUCAAACAUGUACGGUCGUACAACAGCACGCUCAGCGGUAGCCAUGACAAUCUUAUAGAUCUAUAUAAGAUGAUAAUUCCUGUUUACCGGUUAGCACUGUUUAGCAGCGCAGGUUUCAGUUACUUGCCUGCGAUUAGCCCAACCAUAUGCCACUCAGAAAACAGUCAGCCAAUCAGUGGAGAUGCUGAUUCUCUCUUCUGAUUGGCUAAACGAACCGUGCUGCCAGAGCUCCAGGAGAAAGGAAAGAGAAAGGAGCUGUAACACUAUAUUAGCGGUCCACAGGUAACCACAAAUACUUCUUGCAGGGAUAUCAGCAGUUAAAAUAAAACCCUGGAAAAGUGUACAGCAUGGAGCCUUUAAUAUCUGUAUUCUUCAUGUAAAAUAAAAAAACAACUCAUCAAGGCCAGCUCUGAUUCCACUACACUGCUUUUACUGUGUAAGGAAUUGUCAAGUAUUGUUUUUAUAGAUAGAAACAAGUUGAUUUUAGAAUAUGGCAGUGUUGGUGUUGGGUGCCGUUGCCAAUCACGUUAUGAACUUACCCCACCAAUAGUGAUUUUCAUUGUGGACACAUUAUGCAAAUGCCAAAGCUCCACCGAGGCCAAAACACACUAACCAUUUUAGUUCUUGGGUGAAAAACAUGACUAGUUGGAUUGGGUUUCUCUGUAGUUAUUGGACAGAUGGCACCUCUCAUGGGUGACCAUGCUCUGGAUUCUCACAGUCUGGUCUUGGUUUGUUCUCCUGAUGUGCUGUUCGUUGUAGGUUUCUGCUUAGUGUCAAAGUUUAGGCCUGGGUCCACCGCUCAUCGGCAUUCAAUACUGAAUCAGUGCAAACAGAAAUAUUAAGCAGGAAACUCAUACCUGUGGUGUACAGAGGCCAAAAGUUGGGAUUUUAUGCACAAUCUAAUGAAUGAUUUUUAUUCAUAUUUUAUUUUACAGCAAUCAUGCUCGAACGUUAUUUUACCUAUUUUUAUAUCGUUAUGCCCAACUCUUUACCUAAAUCUGUGUGUAGUGGCCAGCAUAGCUUUGCAAACUCAACAGUAGGAGCUCCUAGCCACAAAGUGGGAGAUGUGUUGGUCAGAAAAUUACUUGUAUCUUAAAUAAAUGUGUUUUCCUAGUGGGAAGAAAUGGGAUAUUGAUUAGCAGACAAAUGAGAGCAGUUCAGUGACCAGUUUGGCGAACCGGCUGAUAGGUGUCAACACAAAUAAUUUUUUCUCUCCUUCUGCAAAGUGUUGAUUUCACUCUAAAUGAAUCCUGUGGUGUAAAAAUGAUUUGACAUGGCUAGACAAGAUAAAACCUGUGCAAUAGUAUUAAUAUGCAAGCUAAGUAUGAUGAAAUUGGUCGUUAUCUUUUCUGUCAGCAGUGUGGCUGCUUUGGGCCAUCAUGAACAUUAUUGGUCAGUCAGAGGAACAGAUUUUACAUUUCAGUAGUCCUGCUCAGUGGUAGGAAAUUAACACCAGCCAUAGAUAAUGGUAAAUAUUUUCAGGUGACCGACCAUAAUUUGUACAUUUGAAUUCUUGGAUCCACUGGAUCAAACAUUUUCUGGAUUUCCCCCUCCCUCACAAACUGUAAGCUAGAUGGGCACAUUUAGCUCCUCGUGGGUUGUCCCACAUGCUUCUGUCACUAAUUGUUUGUUCUGAGAUGAGUUUUAAAAGAACAAGAAUCACAGGAUGACUAGACUGCAGUAUUGAGAUGCACCCAGAGGGCUUGUCUGCAUUGCAAGCUUAAUGAGUCAUUUUGCCAACCAUGUGUUUACUGUUUGUUGUAAGCUAGGCUUUACCCCCUUGAAGUGCUGAGAUCUGUGGGAUGCUGCACUCAACGAGUGUACCCCGUCGGUGUGCAGUUAGUUAAUUAUUUCUAACAGUAAACCUUACGCAAAACAGAAUUUGUAAGAUAAUAUAGGAGAUUGAUUGUUUAGCAAGGACUAUGGACAGGUGUUCAGACUCGGGCAGGCAAAGAGAGCUCUUCUUCUAAGUAGGAAGUCUGUAAAAGUUGCUUGCAAAAUAUGCAACACUGCUCUGACCUGCUUUCAGUGUUACUCGAGCUGUUGAAAACAGUCCUCUAAUCUC